UUACAAGAUUGAAGUCAUUCACAAAAUCUGUAAAUUAUUGAAGAUAAUAUUUUUUCUGUGUUGCUGUUGUGAAAUUACGCAAUGUAUGCUAUCUGAUAUGCAAAUUUUUUGCAGUAUAUUUAUGCAAACGCCAGCCAGCUUUCACGUCUUAAAUUCCAAGGUUUGGCAACAUUAAUUAUAUCAAUCUUUUUAAUCAAGCAGAGACUACUCCUACUCAUCCCACCCAGUUUAUCCUCCUCAUCCCCUGAUCUUCCUGUUCCUACCCUCUUCGAUCUUUUCAUGCUCCAUAUAAUUCUCAUCUUCCUCAUUCUCCUUAUCCUACCCACCGAUAGAACAGGCUGGGGCCGAGCACUGCAGCUAGGCCAGACUUGCGAAGUUGCCGCUUGGGAAAGUGCACACUUGGGAAGUUGCCACUUAAUUGGGAAAAUCCAACCUCAUCCGUCUUAACUUAACCACCUAAUCCUCGACUUACAUUCCUCAUCUUCCUCAUUCUCCAACCUCAUCCUUCUCAUUCUACCCACCUCAUUCUCGACUUAUAAUCCUUAUUUUCCUCAUUCUCCAACCUCAUCCUUCUCAUCCUACCCACCUCACCUUUAAUAAGACAUCUUCCUCAACCUACUCAUUAAUCAGUUCUCAACCUCCUUCCUUCACAACCUUCUCAAUCCUAAUCAUUCUCAUAAUAAUUCUUCUCGUCAUUAUAAACCAUUGUACCCGGAUCAUCCUUCUCCUCUCCGCAUCUUAUUAUUCUCAUUUCCCAUUAUGCUACUCAUCCAACAUUCACUCAUCUUUCUCCUUGUCCUACCUAUGCUACUCAUCUGGCUAAUCCGUUUUUUUUAUCCUUAUUCAUCUUCCCUUUUCCCCACUGGUUCUCCCCUUAAUCUACUUAUUAUCCUUAUCCUCCUUUAAACAAUUCCUUCUAAUCCUUCUAAUCCUUUAUUUCCCAGUUAUCUUUUGUCCUAAUUAUCCUGCCGUUUCCAGCUCCGCAUUAUGUAUAAUAUUCAUGUAAAAUAUUUCGUUUAAUAUUCUUUGAUUUUCUAUUUCGAAGAAACAUGUGGCAAUGUACAAACUAAUGGUUUCCCAAACUGUGUUUAAUUCAUCAAUUCUUAAAUUUCCGGCUUCAGACAUUUGACGUCAGAGGCGUAUACCUAGGAUUUUUUCCAGGAGGCCUUAACCUUAAUUACCUUUUCAGGGGACACAUUUGGGGCUUAUAUACGCCCCUGGUCGAAGUAAUGGUUUACACUGCGAAAUGGGAAACAAAUUGUAGAAAUCAUUUUAACUUUAAGUUAUCAGUUAGGUUAUGAAGAAAGGAGUAUAUAAUAUGCAUUUGUUACUUUUAAGUGAAAUUUUCGCAUCCAAUCUAUUCCACUCCUUACACUUACUUAAUCAAUUUAACUCUCGAUUUCCCAUUUACUUCUGAAUCUCUGCUCUUAUUGCAAAGACGCGUUCCGACUCCUGAACCUGGUUUCGCUCUUUGCACACAAUUCAAGUCUACCACGUAAGGUUCAGGUAAGUUUAUCUAUCUAUCUAUAUCUAUAUCUUUACCUCUAAACAUACUACAAACUCUCAGUGUCGGUUUGAUAUGGUGCUCCGGGAUACUACUGUGUUUACAUUAUUAUUUAUUCUGAACCUGGAGAUAAGUCCUGGAACUACGGAUUUGUUGACCUGGAACGGAGACAAUACUUUAUUAAACGAUGAGGUUCCCUGGAGGAACCUGUCUCAGCUCUCUCAACUGGAGAGAAGCUCUAGGUUUAACCUGACUGUGAUAAUCUUAACAAUGAAUCGUCCUGAGUCUCUCCGAAGGUUGCUGGAUAGCAUUGAUAAAACCUUUUUCGAGUUUUCUGAGGAUAAACUCAACCUGGAGAUACAUGUGGAUAAGUCUCAAGGUUGGUUUUAUGAUGAUUGUGUAAACAUAGCGAAGAAUUAUUCUCUCCCCCCGGGCCGUGGAACAGUAAAACCAAAAAUAUUUUCUAAAAACCACGGCUUAAGAGCUGCCUGGUUCGAGAGCUGGACUCCUAACUCUAUCUCCGACCAUGCAAUCAUCAUAGAAGACGACCUUGAGGUUUCUCCUCUCUGGUUCUCCUGGUUGCGGAGAAGUUGGUUAACCUACAGACACAGGACGGAUUUGGCAGGGAUAGCUCUCUCAAGACAGUAUAUGGUUGUACAGAAGCCAGACAGAGAUUUCGAGAUAGAGAACGACGGAGUUCCUUUCCUCUACAGGUUGGUUGGAACCUGGGGAUUCUCUCCUCAUCCUGCACGCUGGGUUCAGCUCCUCACCUGGUUCAACUCAUUGGACUCGGAGACAUUCGAUCCAUACGUUCCAGGUUUAAUAACCUCGGAUUGGUUGCACAUCCACACCAGACAGGGCAGGCGUCACAUGACCUGGGAGCAGUGGCACGUGUUCCAUAGUAACAAAGAGAAUCUGUUCACCCUGUACCUAAACCUAGGGAGCAGGGAGGUUCUCGUCAACAACUGGAGAGAGGCUGGAGUACACAGUAGAACCUCACCAAACCAACCUGAUUAUCCUCUACUCCAGUCCUGUCCUAUCCAGCUUCAAGAAUUUCCUGCCAAACUAAGAAAAUACAACUGGAAUGCAGAGGAAAUAUUGGAAUAGAAUAUUUAAUUGUGUACUCGUGGUUUUCAUUCUACUGGGGAUACCUCACGCCGUGUAUACAAUUUAUUUUAUCUGAAUCUGCAGUAAUAUGUGAAGAAGAUGUACAUAGUUCUUUAAAAGUUAUGAAAAAUUUCAUUAAAUAAAAUAUUUUAAAAAUUA